CUUGCCUAGGUGCAUGGUCUAGAUACUUUUGUCAUUUGUUGAGUGCUAAAUCUUUGUGCUUAACUGAAUGACUAACAAUUCACUUGCAAUUUGCUCAAAUCUGCUCUUCCUUUUUAUUUUAUUAUCAAUAUUUCAUGCUUCUAUUGCUUAUGCUGAGUUUUUUUUCACCUGAUUUCCUAUUCAAUUAGUUAACUAUAUUUAACAAAUUAUUUUCACAAAAAUAUGUCUCUCAAGAAAGAAAGAAUGCUCGAGAAUGGACAAAUCAAGAUAUUUACUGAAGCAAUUGACUCUUAUUACAACUCAACUUCGGACUCACAAUCUUCAACCUCAACAACAUUUCCUUCAACUGGUUAUAUCAACUCAGAUACAGUGAAUGAUAUUGAAAUGUCAUCAACAACUGAAUACUCAUCAAGAAACCAAGUUACCAGGAUUUCCGAGAACAGUAUCUCAACGGAUAAAAAUGAUUGCCGAGUGAAAAAGACUUGGAACUCUAAUGUAGGGAAAAAGAUAUUGGCUGUUCAUUUUUCACCGAUGAACAUAAAAUCGGAAUUCUUGUCCACACAAACCAUGCUGGAUGGAUUUGAGUCAUUUGCUUUAUACGAGGCAGUUCACGCUUUACAAGAGAUUAUAUUCAAACAGAACUCGGAUGUGUAUUUGGCAGCACGUAGAGAUGACUUAUGCACUGAUCCACGUCCAGUUGAUCUUGUAGGUUCUGCUGAAAAGUCUCGCGCAUUUAGGAAAUUACAUUUAAAUGAUAAAAUUCAUUUGUUGAAAAAUGCCUUUUUUAGUCUAAAUUCAUUGAAAAAUUUAAUAGCCUAUGAUGCUCAAAUCGACGGUUGGUAUUUUUGUGACAGGAUAUUUCCACGGAAACAACUUUACUUGAAACACCCCGAUUCCUAUAGAAAAGCUGUACAUGUUAUGGAUACUUUUCCAGAUCGUUUCAAAAGCGACAUCAACGUCCUCACAUUGAUUUUUUUCAUUAUUAUUUUCAAUUCUGAUUUGCCAGGGUUGAAAUAUCGAAAUACAAUCAAAUCAGAACAAUAUGUUUAUAUUUAUUUAUUGAGACGAUAUUUGGUUGCAUGUAUCGAGCCAACUUGUGAAGCUUUGGACUAUUUUUAUCAGCUGAUGACUUUAAUUGCAGAAGUUGAAGACCUGCAGAAAGCAACUGAGGUACAAUUUGAUGAUUCCAUAGCUGAUGCUUCUUAUUUGCUAAAAAAUCGCGUCGUUAGAUUUAUUGAGCUGCGAAGCAUACAACAAUAAUUGGAACUCGUUGAUUUCAACUUCAUAGAUCAAGGCCGUUAAUACCAAUGAGCAGCAUGGUUUAGUUGUAAAGUAGAUGUUAUCAUUCGAUAACGAUAUAUUCUAGUGCUAUCAGCGUGGUCGUGGUCCUAAGUUGUGAUUUUUUGCCAUCGUCAAUCAAUCGUCGUAAAGCAAAACUUGAAAUUCACAAAUCACUAAAGGGAAAGUAAAAAUCUUGUAGAAAUGUUCGAUUGGCUCUCUUAGCAUUAUGAAAGACACCAAAUAAUUCUGAUAUUUUAGCUGAAAUCCUCAUCUGAACUGUGGUUCAUCUUUCUGGCUAUAAAUGCUUCAGUUUUUAUCAUUUUAUAUCACCACGAAAUCCUUAACUUUUUUCAUCACUUUUGGAAAUAAGCUUUUAAUAAUAGGAAAGCUCCUAUUGACCAUAUUCGCAGAGUGGUGGACAAUUUGGUUGAUAAGAUCGUGAGAUUCGGUUUCCAUUGGUUUUGUAACCCGGUUAUGUAAAUUUAAAAAAGACGUUAUUCAAUGACUCUAGGUGACAAUAAACAGGGUUUUAUAAUUUA